AUGCACUAUCUCGAAGAUAUAUAUGCUUCUUGUGAGAAGUUUGGUCGUGGUAAAUACUUCAAGAAUGAUGGUUUUCUCUUCUUUGAAAAUAGACUAUGUGUGCCUAACUCUUCUUUGAGAGAUUUGUUUGUCAAGGAAGCUCACGCAGGUGGACUUGGAGGACAUUUUGGCGUGGCUAAGACACUGAACGCUAAGUCCAAAGUCCAAAACCACGGUCUGUAUACUCCUUUACCCAUUCCUUUGCAUCCAUGGCAUGACAUUUCAAUGGAUUUUGUUGUUGGAUUACCUAGGACUAAGACUGGAAAGGAUUCUGUGUUUGUAGUCGUUGAUAGGUUUUCUAAAAUGGCUCAUUUUAUUCCAUGUCAUAAAACUGAUGAUGCUGUGAAUGUUGCUAAUAUGUUCUUUAAAGAAAUUGUUAGACUUCAUGGAAUGCCUAGGACAAUUGUUUCUGACAGAGACACCAAGCAUUCUGCAUCUAAGUUCUCUCCAUUUGAAAUUGUCUAUUGUUUCAAUCCUUUAUCACCUUUGGAUCUAAUGCCUUUACCUUUGAGUGAAAGAAUACAUGAGAAGGCCCGGAUCAAUAUAGAAAACAAGACCAAGCUGUACGCUAAGCAAGCUAACAAAGGAAGAAAAGAGAUGAUCUUUGAAGAAGGAGACUUAGUUUGGAUACAUCUGAGGAAGGACAGAUUUCCUAACGAAAGAAAAUCCAAACUCAUGCCUAGAUUAGAUGGUCCUUUCAAAGUCAUCAGGAAGAUCAACAACAAUGCCUAUCAACUCGAUCUCCAAGGAACCAUGGGAGACGAGGACACUAGGAAUAAUGGAAUGAAUCCACUGUUACUUGAUGCUUUGACUGCACGCAUGACUACUUUGAUGGAUCAGAGACUAGAGCACUUCAGGGCUGAGGUUGUGCACUCAGAUCGUGAGAGACCUAGAAGGACUUCAGAUCGAUCUGCUACAGAAAAUUACUAUAGCCAUUCAAACCGAUCCAUUGGUACCAGAAGAAGGAGGCGUGACCAGGAAGAAAGGCCAAAAACCAGCGAUCCUCUUGGUGGUUUGAAACUGAAAAUUCCCGAGUUUAAAGGCACUGCUGAUCCAGAAGAAUACUUAGAGUGGGAAAAGAAGAUUGAACUCGUGUUCAAUUGCAGGGACUACACUGCAGAGUAUAAAAUGAAACUUGCCCCUACUGAGUUCAAGGAGUAUGCUUUAAGUUGGUGGGAUAACUUGGUUACAGCAAGAAGAAGAGCUGGAGAUUUUCCUGUUGAAACCUGGAACCAGAUGAAGGUAAUCAUGAGGAAGAGAUUUGUACCGAGCCACUACCACAGAGAGUUGCACUUCAAGCUCCGAACACUGUCUCAAGGAAGUAGAUCAGUUGAGGAAUAUUAUAAGGAAAUGGAAACCCUUAUGCUGAGAGCUGAUAUACAAGAAGACAGAGAAGCAACAAUUGCCAGAUUCAUGGGUGGUCUAAACAGAGACAUCAUGGACAGACUUGAAGUUCAUCACUACAUCGAGAUGGAAGAGCUUCUGCACAAGGCGAUUAUGUUUGAACAGCAGUUGAAAAGAAGAAGUUACAUGUCUAGCUAUGGAGCCAGCAAACCACACUACCAGAAGGACGAAAAGACCAGAGAAUCCAGACCAUUCUCCAAGCCUAAAGUGGAGGAACAAAGUGUUAAAGGAAAGGAAGUAGCCACUGCAUCCAAAUCCAGAGACAUACAGUGCUACAAGUGUAAAGGAUAUGGACACUAUGCCAGUAGCUGCUCCAACAAAAGGGUAAUAAUCAUCAGAGAAAAUGGUGACAUUGAAUCCGAGGAAGAGGUAUCUGAGUCUGAAGAAGAAAGGGUGGAAAUGCCAACUCGUGGAGAGUUACUUGUUACUAGAAGAACACUGAAUCUUCAAGCCAAGACCGAUGGAGAUGAGCAGAGAGAGAAUCUUGAAACCAUGGUGGAGAAACUUGGUCUGAAAGUCAUAAAAAGACCAACAACUUACAAGUUACAAUGGCUUAAUGACGAAGGAGAGCUAGAGGUAAAGCAUCAAGUUAAGGUACCAUUGUCUAUUGGGAAGUAUGAGGAAGAGAUAUUGUGUGAUGUCUUACCAAUGGAUGCUGGACACAUAUUGCUUGGUAGACCUUGGCAAUCCGACAGAAGAACACUUCAUGAUGGGUUCACAAACAGAUACUCGUUUGAGUACAAAGGAAAGAAGACUGUUUUGGUUCCUUUGACACCGCAAGAAGUUCAUCUAGAUCAGAUAGCCUUGAAGAAGAACAAAGCGACCUCAGAAUCUAAGAAAAAGCAGCAGCAUGAGCCCAUGUGCAGUUCCAGUCUUACUUGUACCAAAGAAAGAUGGAGCUGGAGAAUGUGUGUCGAUUGCAGAGCCAUCAACAAUAUCACUGUAAAGUAUCGAUAUCCCAUUCCUAGAUUAGAUGAUAUGCUUGAUGAGUUGCAUGGUUCUAGCAUCUUUUCUAAGGUUGAUUUGAAAAGUGGGUAUCACCAAAUUAGAAUGAAAGAGGGUGAUGAGUGGAAAACUGCUUUUAAAACGAAGCAGGGGCUAUAUGAAUGGUUAGUGAUGCCAUUUGGGCUGACUAAUGCGCCUAGUACUUUCAUGAGAUUAAUGAACCAUGUUCUUAGAUCAUUUAUAGGUCAUUUUGUUGUGGUUUACUUUGAUGACAUUUUGAUCUACAGCAAGAACUUGGAUGAGCAUGUUGAGCAUCUUAGAAAGGUUCUAGAAGUACUUAGGAAGGAAUCCUUGUUUGCUAAUUUAAAGAAAUGUACUUUUGGAGCAGAUAACCUUGUCUUUUUAGGUUUUGUUGUGAGUGCAGAUGGAAUCAAGGUUGAUGAAGAAAAGAUCAAAGCUAUCAAGGAAUGGCCAAGCCCAAAGACAGUUGGUGAAAAAAACGUUGGGUUCAAGUGGGAACAAUUCCAAGAAGAAGCAUUCCAAGCCUUGAAAGAGAAACUCACCAAUUCACCAGUUCUUUCUCUCCCUGACUUUUCUAAAACAUUUGAAAUAGAAUGUGAUGCUUCUGGUAUUGGUGUAGGUGCUGUGCUUGUGCAGGAAAAGAAACCUAUAGCUUUCUUUAGUGAAAAGCUUGGAGGGGCUACUCUGAACUAUCCAACGUAUCACAAAGAGCUCUAUGCGCUUGUGAGGGCUUUGCAAACAUGGCAACACUAUCUCUGGCCUAAGGAGUUCGUCAUCCACACUGAUCAUGAGUCUCUAAAGCAUCUCAAGGGACAACAGAAACUGAACAAGAGACAUGCUAGAUGGAUUGAAUUCAUUGAAACCUUUCCCUAUGUGAUCAAAUACAAGAAAGAAUUUGCUUAUAAUCAUGCUAGGCAUUCUGCAUCUAAGUUCUCUCCAUUUGAAAUUGUCUAUGGUUUCAAUCCUUUAUCACCUUUGGAUCUAAUGCCUUUACCUUUGAGUGAAAGAGUUAGUUUGGAUGGACAAAAGAAAGCUGAACUUGUUAAGCAGAUACAUGAGAAGGCCCGGAUCAAUAUAGAAAACAAGACCAAGCUGUACGCUAAGCAAGCUAACAAAGGAAGAAAAGAGAUGAUCUUUGAAGAAGGAGACUUAGUUUGGAUACAUCUGAGGAAGGACAGAUUUCCUAACGAAAGAAAAUCCAAACUCAUGCCUAGAUUAGAUGGUCCUUUCAAAGUCAUCAGGAAGAUCAACAACAAUGCCUAUCAACUCGAUCUCCAAGAUGAAACGGAUUUGAGGUCAAAUCCUUCUCAAGUGGGAGAGGAUGAUGUGAUCUUGACAAGCAAUGGAACUAAAGAUAUGGAACAGCUUGAACCAGAGCUUAAGGAAGUUGAAGAAAGAACCAUGGAGCAGCUUGAACCUGAGGAAACAAAUGGCAAGGACUUAGAAGUACCAGUUGGUCCAAUGACUAGAUCCAAGCAAGCCAGAUUCAAUCAAGCUUUCCAUAAA